AUGAGAGCAAAAAAGCAUUAAAAUCACGAUAAUUCAGUAAAUCAUAAUCAGCCUACAGCCAUUUAGAUUUACAACAAUUACCUGCAAAAGCUGCCAAUUAAAUAGCUCUAGAACUCUGACAAGUACUAAAACGGACUCUCUGGCAAGAACUCAUAAAAUCAUAGUCACCAUUUGCAACAAAAUGGGAGUUUAAAUUAAAAUAGUCUUAAUAACGGAGGUGGUAGUGUUUUCCAAAAUGCCUAUAUAUCUCAUUCCCCGUAGCCAAAUCUUAAUGCAAGAACUAAAAAGAAUAAUCUAAUGGUAUAUGGGUACAAUGGAGGUGUAGGUGGAAAUGUUGCAGGUAAUAAUCAUGGAGGUAAUUUAAUGCAGCUUCAUCAUUCAGAGACAAGCAACAUCAUGGGAACAGCACUCAAUUUAAAAUCAUAGAAAUCUAUCAAUGGAUAGCCGCACCAAUCUUCAAACAAGGAUAAUCUGCUAAGCAUCAAGAAGGAAAAAGAGCGAAUAAGCAGCCUUCUUAACUAAAAUUCUAGUAAUCUAGGUAAAUUAGUUGUACCCUCUUCACGUAAUUCUAAAGAAGAUCAAUAGUAAUCAACAAAUCAUACCAAAACAUUAGUGCUAAGUUCGCAGUAACAAAACCAUCUCUAAAACUUGUAAAACUCUGGUGCAUAGUCCGCUAAUCAAUAACAACAACCCUCUCAGUAAUAUUUUUUCUUUAACCAAUUCUAUUGUAGCGGUUCAUUUUAAGUUCAGCCAUCAAACAUUCAUGAACUGAAUUCCUUUCUAAAUAGCAAUCAUUAUUACAAUGUAUAGGAUUCUUUCCUAGAAAAGAAGCGCAUCGGGACAAACCUUGGAGUGAGUAAUCUCAUAUAAAGAAAGAUACCUGGAACACAACUUGAAAAAAAUCAGGAAUAUCUUGGUAAUAACCCUCUUUAACAUGGAUAAAAUGAGGACUUGAAAACUAUUGAUACUGAAUUGAGAGCCGCUAAUACUUAGAAUUACAAUGGAAUACUGACAGAUCCCAUAGAUAAGCAUUCUAAAAGCGUAUUAGCCAAAAAUUCGAAUCCCAUUACAACUGGGGGAGGAUCUAGAUAAGGAAGUGGAGGACACGAUUUUGUUGAUAUUAAUCAGGAAGUAGACGAUAUUUUAAAUCAAGUCAGCUAAGUCAACCAAGUAAAUAACAGCUUUACAGAUAAAAAGACUAUUCCAACAAAAUGGGUCCUAAUGAACUCAAAACAUGUUAGAAACAAAUCAGAAUCUAAAAUUGGAACAAGAACAAACGGAACCAUACCUUAGGCUUAAAAUGAUUUAAUAAGACCGAUUAUUAAGGAUAAUAGCUUCAAACUAUCCAAUAAAUCAAUUGAUAGAAUACAAUAAUUCCCAGGUGUUGUUGAAAGAUAUUCUUGCAAGUCAAGAUAGGGGUUUAUUCCAAAUACGAAAAAGACAAAUUAAGAUGCCUAUAUAAUAUAAAAAGAGUUUGCUAAUAUCAGAGGAUGUUGGUUUAUGGGAGUAUUUGAUGGUCACGGUAUGAAUGGUCAUCUUGUUUCUGAUUUUUGCAAAAGAAAUAUACCUUUGAUUCUCAGUAAUCUGAUAAAUGGUGGAAAUGGUAUUGACCCAAUUUAGGGAUUGCAAUCAGCUUAGGGGAAAAAAAGAAAAGUCAAAGGGGGUAGUAGGCAUUUUCUACCUCCACUGGUAAAUUAAAAUACUAAAAAAGAUCCAUUAAGUCAGCAUUCUUUUCAUGCUGGAGUUUAUGAUGACCAAUUUACGAAAGCAGGAGAAGUUACUACUGCAAAUUCAAUGCAUGAAAAGCUAGAUAAUAGCAGAGAUUCAUCUUAAGUUUAGCAAUGGAUGACAAAAGAUUAAACUAUUAGGGAUACAUAGAUAAAAGAGGCUUUUAAGAUUGCAUAAGAGAAGCUUGAGUAUGGAACAAAGAUUGAUUGCAUGUUUAGUGGCACGACAGCAGUUGCAUUACUAAUACAUAACAAUACUGUAAUAUGCGCUAACUCAGGGGAUUCAAGAGCUAUACUUUGCUCUUAAAAUUAAGCGGGUAUUUGGUCCUUCUUACCUUUAAGCAGGGAUCAUAAGCCAGAUGAAGCUGAUGAGGCUACUAGAGUAAGAAAAAAUAAUGGUAGAAUAGAAUAAUCAAGGUUAAUGCCAGGCUAGCCAGGAUAUGGGCAAGGUUUAAGUUCAUACUAAGCAAAUUAGCCAUAAUUUUUCGGACCUAAGAGAGUGUGGCUAAAACAUAAGUAAGUACCAGGCUUGGCGAUGACAAGAUCAAUGGGUGAUUUAGUGGCUAAAAGUGUGGGAGUAACUUAUGAGCCAGAAAUUAAAUCUAUUCAAAAUCUAAAUAGCAACGACAAGUUUAUAGUGAUUGCAUCUGAUGGACUUUGGGAUAGGAUACCAAAUGAUGAAGUGACAAGACUUAUUGCUAACCCGUAUUAUGACAGAGGCGAUCCUGAGGGUGCAGUACAAUUCUUAGUAAAGGAAGCAGCAGAUCGAUGGUCCAGAGAGUAAGGUAUGAUAGAUGAUAUUACCAUUAUCAUUGCUUUUAUCAAUACAGGUUAAAGUAAUCCAUAAGUAGCUGCUUAUUUUCCAGAUAAUAGCCCGAGUGGUGGUGGGUUAAACAGCUCUAAUAAUCAUUGA